UUAUAAUAAAGUUUCGUAUUUUUUAUUGUAAUUGUAGCUAAAUAUUGCAAGUAACCCAAAAUGUGAAUUUGUAAAAAGUUCAUCAGAAAGGUUUAUCAGACGUUUACUACUAAGCUAAUUUGCAUAUGAAAAUAUGCUAAUUUGUAGCAGCAUUGCCAGAGGUUUACCACAAAUAGUUUAACAUGAUACUGCAAUUCUUGUAAGUUUUAAUUGGAUUUAGUAAAUUAAGUAAGUAAGUUGUUUUAUCUACCCGACAACAUCACAUGAAGGAUUCUCAAAACUAGAGAGAAGAUGAUUUAAAAAAAAAAAACUCAGAAUUUUUCCAGGCAUGUUAUUUUUUUUUCUGCUAUAAAAUCAUUAAGGCGGUCAGAACUGAUCACAUAUCAUUUAGUAACCACCCCUUAAUAUUCGGAUUGGACAGGAAUUGUACACGUUUUCAUUCCAGGCUCUUCAAAUAGCACGUGGCCACAAGCGCUUUGGUGUCAGUCGGCCGUAGAGACAGAACAAGAAGCUUCACAAGAAGUGUUUCGUGCUCCUCAGCACAAUGAAGUCCUUCAUCGCAGUUUUACUCUCUUGCCUUUCAUUUCUCCUGGUGGAUAUUUCUGACUGUUUCAAUGUUAUUUAUCCAUCACAGUUUUUAGCUCAAAGUUAUGCACAAAGAAGAAACGAUGCAAGUCCAUCCAAGUCCAGGCUCCCACCGAGGACGCUCAAUCCAGCAGCUACGGAUUCUCACUGUAGGAGCCGCCCGCUGGACCUCGUCUUUAUCAUAGACAGCUCUCGCAGUGUGCGUCCAGGUGAGUUUGAGAAGGUUAAGGUCUUCCUUGCGGACAUGGUGGACACUCUGGACAUCGGUGUCGAUGCCACUCGGGUGGCCGUGGUGAACUAUGCCAGCACUGUAAAAAUCGAGUUCCUGCUCAAAGACCAUCUGAAAAAGGAAAGCAUGAAGCAAGCGCUCAGCAUCAUCGAACCCUUGGCUGCAGGGACCAUGACCGGUCUGGCCAUCAAGAAAGCCAUGGAGGAGGCCUUCACCGAGCAAUCGGGGGCGCGGCCAAAAUCGCAGAAGAUCGCAAAGGUGGCUAUCAUUGUAACAGACGGCCGCCCACAGGAUCAGGUGGAAGAGGUGUCCGCUGCAGCCCGAGCCUCAGGAAUUGAGAUCUACGCCGUGGGGGUGGAUCGAGCCGACAUGCGCUCGCUCAAGCUCAUGGCCAGCAAUCCACUGGAAGAUCACGUGUUCUACGUGGAGACCUAUGGCGUCAUCGAGAAGCUCACCUCCAAGUUCAGGGAGACUCUGUGUGGUGUAUCCCCAUGCAAAAUGGGACACAGCUGUCAACACAUCUGUGUUGGAAGCGGCAUGUCCUAUUACUGCAAGUGUCGUCCUGGUUAUGUCUUAAACGAAGACAAGAGAACGUGUUCUGUCAGCAGGGACGAUGGCCGUGAUGGUGCAGGCAAUGGACAUAAUGAUGCCAACAGCGAAGGUGAAAGUAGCACCAGUGUCGAUGCUUGUGCACUUGGUCAUGACUGUCAGCACACUUGUGUGAGCAGUGGCUCCUCCUAUUACUGCACCUGCCCCUCUGGCUUUGUCUUGACGCAGGACAAGAAAUCUUGUUUCAAGGCCAGUGUUGGUGAUGAUGGUGAUGAUGGUGAUGAUGAUGAUGGUAAUACCAGUCUGGACCAGUGUGGAAUGGGACAUGACUGUCAGCACAUUUGUGUCAGCAGUGAUGGCUCCUAUCAGUGUGAAUGCGGGAGGGGCUAUGUCUUGAAUGAAGACAAGAAAACUUGCUCACGUCUGGACCAGUGUGGGAUGGGACAUGACUGUGAGCAAAUUUGUGUCAGCGGUGCUGACACCUAUCACUGUGAAUGUCAGAAGGGCUUUGUCUUGAAUGCAGACAAGAAAACUUGUUCACGUCUGGACCAAUGUGGGAUGCGACAUGACUGUGAACACAUUUGUGUCAGCAGUGAUGGAUUCUAUCACUGUGAAUGCCGAAGAGGUUUUGUCUUGAAUGCAGACAAGAAAACUUGUUCAAAGAUGAAGGUGGAAGUCGUUCAGGAUCCGUGUCACUGUGAGGCCAGACUGGCUUUCCAAAGACAGACACACAACUCCAUCCAGGCCCUCAAUGGCAAACUAGCAGACAUCACCAGGAAAGUAGAGCAAAUGGAAGGGAUGCUGUCUCACAAGUGAUCGUUCCUUAGAAAAGCCGCAUUACGGACCACACCGGAACCUCCAGCACAACAACCUCCUGAGCUUCAAUACCUCAAGACACCUGGAACAUAACGAGCUAAUGUUCCGAACGUGUUUCGUUUACUGUUGACUUGUGUGUCACUGGUUCAUAACCAAUAAUACUAUCAAAAAAAUAACAAGCUGAUCUAAUUACAUGCAGAUUAGUGCAAAUGUUUUUGCACCUUUCAUGGUUCCUAGGCAACAAAACGAUCGGAAAUGCAAUCGCGGUUUUUUUUUUUUAGCCUUAAAUAUAAUAUAUUUACAUUUGUACUAUUUAAUGGCAGUUUAUUUUAUGUUACGAAUGUACUAAUGAUAGAGAUGUAACUAGAUGAUUUACAUAUAUUUUAACUUUUUUAAAAUUGUAUCAUCGUACCGUAGCAUGACUGUAUAAACGUUAUACACGAAAAUAAAUGAACGAACCCAUUUCAAAUCUUAAGCCUAAGCUGUUAAAUGUUUCCUAUUCGCCGGUUGAGCAGUGAAACGAGCUACAUACGGGAACGAGAGCUCCAAAAAUCCGACUGAUACUUUUGUGAGACAUCUUUUAAGUAAACAUCCUGUAAUUUAAGUACACCCUGUAAUUUAAGUUACACAUUUUAUUAUUGUUGUGCAGGGGCUCCUGCUGAGUUUGAGUUUGGAGAAGCAUGAAGAGCAUUGGAGAAGCAUGAAGAGCAAGAGUGGAGUCUGCACCGGUACCUUAUCGUUUAAGCAUGGGGUAAUAGCAGGUGCGGGGGGAGGUGAGGAGAAUGGUUCACUAUGAAUAAACUAUACAAAAGCUGUUAGAAGCGAGAGUCACUAUAAUGUUUGAGCAUGGGGUAAUGUUUAAGCAUGGGGUAAUAGCAGGUGCG